AUCGUGGAUUAGACUUGUUUGGUUGUUUCCUAGGGAGGUCGAUUACGCUUCCGCAUGUUUCCAGUGUAAUUUAAGUAAUCAUUUAGUGAUUAGAGUACAAUUAGAUAAAUUGGAGGAGUUUAAUAAAAUAUGCUGUUUGCUAUACCAAGUGGACGCGUUCUUGACGUUGCAGACUAGUGUUGACCGUUGAACAUUCAAUACUAACAUGACUAGUGCCCAAGUGCCGUUGCAAAUUUCGCGCUUUGUGACACAUUCCAAUCAGCUUCUUCAGGAUUAUCAAAGUGACACGAACACUUCAUCAUUAUCGCCACCGCCGCGCCAAAUGAAUUCCGCAUCGCCGCCUAUAAAUUCACCACCCAACGGUUUUAGUAUGAGUCCUUUGUCAGAGACGGCGGCAUCUUCCCUAAUGACGCUGCCGCCCCCAAUUCGUGACCAUAGAAUCCUCAUGAAUGGCAGUGUCUAUGACAACUAUCCGCCGUCCAUGUAUACUAGCAACAGACUGACUACCCCUUUUACGCAAAGUUCACCACCGCCACCGAAGAAGUCCUUCUGCAUUGAUGCACUUCUGGCGAAGAAUCAGACAAGUGACCAGAAGGAGGCUGAGGUUCAGGCGAGAGUGCAAAAUAGUGUAUCGGGUGCAGGUGCCAUGAGUGAGGAGGACGCUUUGAGGAGGUUACAUGACAGUCGGGAGUAUACGCCGAGCCCAGAAGGAAGAGCUUCGAGAUCUGAAUCACCACUGUCAUCCCCGCGUUCUAGUCCUCCAAUCAGUCCUGGCUGUGAAGAUCAACAAAUCAAUAUGCGUUUAGAUAUGAGCAAUGAAUUCAAGAAACCCAUUCCCCCGCAUAGUCCAAUGAGAGCUCAAGACUUCCCACUUUACACCGGCGGUCAUCCUUAUCAGCUUCUGGCUCAAGGUGGAUCGGCAUUCCACAGACCACUAGAUCCGACGGGGAAACCGAUGCCGGUAAUACUACCCAUGGGUCCUAGUUUCGUUCAUUCCCACCUGCCUUUCGAAUUUUUGGCACGUGCUGGCAUGCUUCACCACAGAAUACCAGAGCUGGCAGCCUACCCACACCAUGCUAUCCUGGGAAAAACACGAAGGCCACGAACAGCUUUCACAUCCCAACAACUACUGGAAUUAGAAAAGCAAUUCAAGCAGAAUAAAUAUCUAUCGCGACCUAAAAGAUUCGAGGUUGCGAGUAGUUUAAUGCUUUCAGAGACGCAAGUUAAGAUUUGGUUUCAAAAUCGACGAAUGAAGUGGAAGCGAUCGAAGAAAGCGCAACAGGAGGCUAAGGAGCGGGCAAAAGUGAACGUGAGUUAGUGAGGUGGUGAUAGCAAGGAUGAUGUUGCUUUAAAAAGACAACUGGAAUCAAAGUGACUCUAGUCAAGUCAUCGUUUUCGAGGCUACGCGCAAAAGCGGGAAUGCAGAAUUGGCGAAUGAUCGAAUGAAGUGACGCACAGAGAGCCCUUUAUUGUGACACUGUAUACUUCUUGUAAAUAGAUACAAAAUCUCUAUAAUUCUAAUGUAUAUGAAAGGAAAUGUGUGAUAAAUUAAUAACUUGUGUAAAAUAAAUUAAUGAU